AAGGGCCACCAACUAAAAAUUUUCCUCUAAUUUCCAUUAUUAAUUUUCGAAAAUAAUGUCUGAGCCCUCCGCCACCACUCAGCUACCCGGCGACCCACAACCAACAAAUGAACCCGUUGACCCGCGAACCCACCCAAUCCUCCUCAUCGAUCCCCUCAACCACUGCUGCGCCAACCACAACUGCAAUCCCUUCGCCGCCGAUCCUCUUGAUUCCCGGAGCACCUCCGAUCGCAAUUGGUUCUCCGAUGCCGCCUCCGAUUCUGACCAUGACGUCAGCUGCUUGGUCACCGAUCUUUUCGACCGCAGCAGCUCGGAGCAGCAGCGCAAUACCAACUGCGUUGUCGAUUCGGGUUCGCGGUCGGAUCCGUUUGCGACCGAAUUGGAAAUUGGGGGUGUUGAGGACGGCGACGAAACGGAGUCGAAUUUAGGGUUUGGGUCAAACUCUAUGGGAUCGGUUUCUGAAUUGGGGGAGUUUAUAGGUCUACAAGGAGCUGAUUCGCGAGCUGGUGGGCUUCGGAUUGUUGGGUUGGAGUUGGAAUCGGAUUCGGAUUCGGGUACAAUCGAUGACAUAGAAAGUGAUCGGAUCACCGAUUCCGGUAUCCAGUCAAUUUGGGAUAACCUUUUCUUGAUGGAGCAGAGGAAUAUGCUUGACAGUUCUGAAUCGACCGAGAGUAAUCCGGUCGACGGCGGAGUGGAGGAGCUAUCAGUGGUCUCUGGGUUUUUCACCGCGGAAGAAGAGGCUCCCGAAGGAGCAGCACGAAGCCUGGAGUGGGAAAUAGUCAACAAUUUUCGGAGGUUCGCCGAUGAUGACGAUCUUGACUUAGAGACUGCAGAGUACAUCAACACGAUUUUCGGGCAAUUCGUGGAGAAUGCCAAUGCCAUGAAUGGCCGUCCUCCGGCAGCUUUAAGCGUGGUCAAGGAUCUUCCAUUGGUAGAGUUUACAGUCGAAGAAUUGAAGAAAAAAGAAGUGGUUUGUCCUGUUUGUAAAGACAGCAUUUUGGUGGAGGAUAAAGUCAGAAGCUUGCCCUGUUGCCAUUACUACCAUCAUGAUUGCAUUGUGCCGUGGUUGGGCAUUCGGAAUACAUGCCCUGUUUGUAGGUACGAGCUGCCCACCGAUGAUCCCGAUUACGAAAGGAGCAAGCGUGAAAGUGCUGCUCGUGGUGAGCCAGGGGAUUUACAAGUCAGGUUUGAGAUUGGAUUUGAACAGUUUCUCUAAGAUGCUAUACAGAUAUAUAUAUAAUCUUGCUUUGCUAGAUGUAAAAAUUGUAAAUAUGCGUUUUUCGGGCAGUCCUAUAUCCCACGAUGAAAUGAAGCUUGUAAUGCUUUUGAACAUCUUAUAGCUUUUGUUAAUUUGGGGGAGUUUCUCAGUAUUAUAAAUUUUGCUUUGCUUUUCA